GCCAUUCAACAACAUUACUUGCACGACCGUUCUAUAAUCAGAUUUUAUUCAGAUUGUGAAUAAAAAAAAAUGUGUUCAUAAGGAAUGUGGCGAAGCACGUGCGUUCACAACUGGAAUGUUCUGCUUUGACAACUGUGGACAGAAUGGACAUGUCCAAUGGUUCUGAGGCAGUUGGUCAUAAUGGGGAGCUGGUUUAUGAUGGGAUUUGACAAAGAGCAGUUGACCACUAGCAGGACAAGGAACUUCUGGAAGUAUGUGACUGCCUCUUUUGAAUGUUAGAAAACACUGGCCAGGCAAGUUAGGAAUUGUGGCAAGUGAACUUUAUAAGGCAUAAUACUUACAGAAAGAGUUAAUGAAACCAAGAGAAUUAAAAGGCCAGGAACCCUCUCAAAGAAAAAGAAGUCAGAAAAAAAAUAUUGGUAAGUCAUUAAUUUACUUUCCUCUCCCUUCAAAACAGACCUGUAAUGUUUGUAUAAUGCACAGCUAAAAGAUGUGGUGCUGGCAACCAGUUUAGAUGGCUUUAAACACUUGGACAUCUUGAAAUGGGCAGAAGCUGUGCCGUUCUGUUUCCUAAAGAGUUAAUGACUCUUGUUACUUUAUUUAAUUUAAUUGCUAUCACUAAACUGAAUUGCUAUUUAAUUGAUUUAUUGUAAGUUUUUUAUAAGUAUAUACUGUAGUAUUGCUUUGAGGUUUUAUUCUGCACUGGUGUUAUACUUGUACAAUUAUGUUACUGGCAUGCGUUAUAUAUUUUUUCUCCAGUUAUAUAUUUUUUCUCCAGUUAUAUAUUUUUUCUCCAGAGGCAUGGCCAGAUUAGCCUUUACAACAAAAACAGCCAAAAGUCUUGCCAAAUCUUGGAAACCAAUGUAUUUAUUAUGGCAUAAGCAUUUGUGGAUCAGGGGCUAUGUCAGCAGAUACAUGUGUGAAGAGAUAAAUAAAUGUAUAUAAAAACCUUUAGAAUUCAUAAAGAAAAUGGAGCUGAACAUAAUUCAUCUCUCCAUCACAAACUGACACAAAUUCUUUCUUCUUUUAAAUCACAAUUCAUUUUUUUUUAAUAAUUGAUAUUUAUUAAGUUUUCAAAGAGUAACAACAAAAAUUUCCAAAAAAGUUUGAAAAUACAGAAAAAAACAAAAAUAAUACAAAUAAUAAAGAAGAAAAAACCCAGCCGCAGAAAAGAAAAAAAGAAAAACAGAAAAACAGAAAUAUAAAAUCCUUUACGAUCUCCAUUAACUUCCUUUCUAGACUUCCUCCUCCUCCCCUCUUGUUUCUUAGUAUUUAAUUUUUACAGCAAAUCCUUUCUGUUUUUUCAUAACAAUCUAUCAUUACGUUUCCUUAUUCUAUUUUCCCUCUUGUCAUAUAAAAACUUUAAAACUCAAAGCUUAUAUUCAAUAUUUAGCAAAUUCUUACAUCAUUACCUUUUAACAAAUCCUUUACCAAUCCUUACUUAAGCCAUAUAAUUUCAUUCAACAUCCUUCAGACAUUUAUAAACAUUCCCAAUAUUAAAAAAUAAGAAAGAAAAAUAAUAAGUCAGAUUCAGUCCAGUCAGCUUCCAGCCUCCCUCCCCUGGACCCGGGAUUGUCAGUCCUUUUAACCUCAAUAAUCCGGCUCCUUAACCUGGUUGUCUCGUAUCCGAGGCCCUCAAGUCUCUUUCUUGCCCCUUUCGCCACUCUUGUUGAUAUUUCCCUUUCAGUCGUGGAUACUCCAGCAAAAAAAAUGCUUUUGACUCUUUGCAGCAAGUCCAUCCCAAACCCAUUACCCAAGCCAGACAGCAGAUAAUACCACUUCCAAUUUCCACAAAGCUUGGAGACUUCGACUACUCCAAUCCUCUGAUGGCCCAUCACUAGACUCGGAAAGUCCAAAUAACCAUAUAGAGGGGUGUCAAUCCAUCCCCCCAUUUCCAAAUCUGGCCACAUUUCAUCUUUCCGAAUCAGGUUUGUCCCAAGUUCAUUUAUCAAGUUCAAAGGCUGAUCUUGCCCAUCCAAAGGUCCCUCCAUCUCUGAAGUCUCCGUCGCUACAGCAGGUUCAUAUACUUGUAUAGACUUUAACUGAAUUUCAUUUGUUUGCUGCUGUGCUCUGGUAACUUCCAUCAUCAAGGUCGGCUCCUGACGCAUCUGGUCCAGCUGGGCACUUAAUUUUGCAAAACCUUCCAGGAACACUUGUUCAAGCCUUUGUACAAGCAUUGUCCUUCAAGGUCAAAGAAAAUUCUUUCCCACGAGAAUAAUCCUUCUCUUUUAAACUCUCUGCAUUGCAAUUUCACUCAGUUCCACUAGAUGGAAAACCCUUUUUUUUUAUUUUUUUAAAAGGGGGAAAAACAACAGCAACAAUCUUUCUUUUUCCAGAAACACUUUAUCUAAAAUUCCCCCUUCCAAAUUCAAGAGGCAACAGUAGAAUCAAAAUGUUACCCUUCUUUUAACUAUCUGUCGAGCUGGAUAAGCUUCAAAACGUCAGUUCUGACAGCCCGCUCCUGGUUCAGGGAGGUGGAAAAUUACUUUAUUUUAAACUCACUUCCGCAGGGUUGAAAAAACCAAAACAGCCCCCUUCUUCUCCUGCAGUCAAAGGGGGGUUCAGAAAUCUUAGAUGUUGAAUUUUAGUUCUCUCAGAAUUUAAUUUUCAAGCUUUAGUAUAAUUUGUCUUUGCUUUCUUCACGUAACAAAAGAACGGAAGGCGACUUCCUGUUUAGACCUUUCCGUUCCGAGUCCCAAUUAAAUUCAAUUUCAAGUUCAAGUCCAAUGUUAUUUAUUUAUUCACCAAUCUUAAAAGUAGUUCAGCUCUUCCAGGAUCAGGUACUCACGGAUAGAUGUUUUAGAUGCCAAAUUGUCCAGGAAAAAGGCAGCGCUCUCCGAAAACGGCAGUGCGGCUUUGCUGCACGGAGGAAGCAGUCGACUCACAGCACCACGCACCUCCCACUCCGGAGCCCGUUACCGGGCUCCUGUACAAGGGGAGAGCGCUCUCGGUGCCCGCCGAGUCCCAUGUCCACAGGCUUCUUCCGCCUGUGGUUUUUAAGGGUCCCCGCUGCGCCGUAGCGGCAGGACCCAAGCCUCCGUGCAGCGGGUUCCCUUCAGUUCGAAGGGAAUUCCGCCAUUUUCCGGAGGCGCCACCCCGGAAGUCUUUUAAAUCACAAUUCAUUUCCAAAAACUCCUGAAAUUGCACCCAAUAUUAUGUGGUUGGACAAGCUCCUGAACCUUUCAAAACUUGAAUGCAUUAUGAAGUAUGUUACGUUUCAACAAACCCAUUAUCUGUCUGCUUACAUUCUUCAACUCUUCACACUGUUGUUAAUCAUAUCUACCCAACUGAUCUCAGAUUUUUAGCAGCCAAUCUAACAUCAAAAUGAAGCAUUAUUUCUUCGUUGUGCUUUGGUUUUACAUGCAUCUGUUGCCCUCGUGGUGGGUUUUGAUCUUAUGUAUUUAUUCUUGUACUGUGGUUAGAAAAUCCUCGCCCCGCCCCCAUGUUUCCAAACAUAAUUCCUCUCCUGAAUUGACACGCUCAGGAUUGCACAGUUAAACAGAUAUUUAUUAUUUACCGGUAUAUGUUAUGUUUAGGGUGAAGGGCGGUUAAUAAAAAAUAAUAAAGAAUAAAGAAUGAUAUGAGUUUUAAUUUGUUUUCUAUUAUUAUUUUAUCUUUUUAACUUUCAAGUUAUUUUUGUUAAUUGUUCAGUGACAAUUUUAUUGUUAUAUCUUUUCUUUAAACUACUUUGAGGGCGUUUACAAUCAACCAGUGGGACCAGUUUACCUGGAAGAUCGCUUUGCCCUACAUGUGCCCACUUGACCAUUUCAGUCAGCAGAAUUGGCUACUAUAGGUGCCACAUAAAUACCCGUUCCACAUUUGUAACAUCUUACAAAUGCAGAACUUUAUUGUUUAACAUGGGAGGGCCUACACUUUGGAACUCCCUGCAUAUUGAGAUUAAGCAGGCGCCUUCACCGUACUCUUUUCGUGUGUGGGGGCCUGCUAAAAAUAUUCCUGUUUAGGCAAGCCUACCCAGAUGCUUAGGAAGUCUAAGUACGUAAUUUUAUUGUUUUGUAUCCUUUAAAGCAACGUAGCAAUUUUUCUUGAUUUUACUGUUUUGUCUUUCGUAAACAGUUUUGGGGUUUUCUACAAUCCAGCGGUGUAUAAAUUUUAUGAAGUAAUAAUAAAUAAUAAAGCUUAUGAAACAAACAAACCAUUUGAGGGUUUGUAACCACGAUCCCCACCCCAACAACCCUCCUAAAGACUUGCCUACUCUGGGUUACCCAACGUGUAUUGGGAGUUCCUUGUUAAAUAAAUUUUGAAUUAGGAUUGUCAACCUGCCAUCCUCGCUUCCCUCCCCGGGCUUCGCCGUGAAACCCUGAAGUUGGCCCCGCCGUUCCCAAUGCAGUUUACCCCCCCUCCCCACAGAGAUAAAAAUGAUUUUAGGCUCGCAGUGAUUUGAAAUCACCUCAGGGCGAAGCUUUAAGAGGGAGGGAGAAGAGCCUCCUAUUACCACAGCCGAGGAGCGCUGUGGUAAAACUUAAAAAUAAAAUAAAUAUAAAUAUAUAAAAUAAUUACACCGCAAACAUUCCUCAGGGGAUAUGCCGAAAGAUAAGCUUUAUAGCGACUCCACCUCAGGAGGCCCGGUACUCGCGGCUCGCCCCCGCCGCGCGAAACACGGAGCGCGCGCCCCAGGUCGCCGCGCGCGCCGACGCGACGCCAGACGGUUUUUCCUCCGCUGCCUCCCCCCUCCCCAACCUCCAGUUUUGGCCCCGCCCCCUCCGACCACCGCUCGUGGCCCCGCCCACUGCUCUCCGCCAACCCUCCCUCCCUCCCUCCCGCUUCACAACAGCCGCCGCCACCGCGUUGCAUUGUGGGACACAAACAAAGUGCCCGGCUAGGCUAGGCUGGCUGACUGGCUGGCUGGCGUGGAGGGAGGGAGGCAGGAGGGCGGGGGGGAGGAGGAGGAGAGCUGUUCGAGCGCCUGGGCCCCGCGCGCGCGCCAGCCGCCCAGCCAGCGCGUGAGUGGCCCCGCGACGCCGCCUCCUCUAAGAUCACCCCCCCCUCCCCUCCGCCGCUUCACCCCCGGCCGUCUGAGAGCGCCUGCGUAAGGGCGCGCGGGCCUCGCUUGCUCUCCCCCCUCCCCCUCCCGUUUUAUUAUUUUGACGCCCGCAGCGCGAGCCCAGAAGACCCAACGGCUGAGGGGGCUAGUGGCGGCGACGGUGGCCGCCAUGGCCCAGCACGGGCCUAGACGCAGGCCGAGAUAAGGGGGCGGAGGAGGAGGCGCCGCCGCCGCCUCUGGGCCCGGGGAGGGGUACGGAAAAGAAAAGCUCGGCCUCUCACACAUAUAUUUAUAUAUACAGAAAGUCGUAUAUAUUUAUAUAUCUACAUAUAUACACACAUCGACUGGGCCAGGAGGAGAGGGCCUCGCCAAUUGCAGGUAACGGGGACUUAAAAGAGGUUGGCGGGGGUCUGUGGGUGGGUUUGGGAUUCGGGAGGAGGAGGAGGGGCGGGUGGAGGGAAACACAGAAGCAAGCCCCGCCCCUUCGUUGCACUUGCCCCGCCCCUUCCCUAACCCCCGCCCGCGCGCUCUGUGACCCUCCUUGGCUGGUACCCCUCGGCAUCCCCCUGUCCCCGCUCGCCUCCUUCCUGCGUGAGAUUUUCCCGCCCUGUCGCUUUCCCUCUGCUGUUUGUGAUUUAUUUACUUGGGUUUUAGGUAAGGGGAAGGGCCCCCCCCACCCCGCCAGAAUGUAAUGGGAAACAAAAAGAAAGGAGCCACGUGGGGGGGGAUUGGAUAAGGGGGAUAAGCAAAUUUGGAUACAUUCAUGUAUUGCAUGGUUGCACACAAACACAGCCUAAGAGUAUGGCUGCCUCACCAGCAUUUAUUCACCUGUUUACUAUUAUUAUUAUUAUUAUUAUUAAAAAUGCAUACAAGCUUCUCCCAUGCCAAUCAUUCCCAACAAUAACAAUAAGUCUACUCACCAUUUCCUAAAACGAGGCAUCUUCUCAAUUUAUUCCUGAUAGUGGCUUUGCCUCUUUCUCUUGUUCCCCUUUAGUUCCUUACCCAUUAACUGUUGAAUAGACCAGCCAUGCUCAACCUGGUGCUCUCCAGUUGUAGUUGGAUUUCUGAUCCUGUCAGCCCUGGCCAGCAUCGCCAAUGGUCAAGGAUGAUGGGAAUUGGAGUCCAGUAACACCUGGAGGGCAACAGGUUAGGAAAGGCUGUACAGUGGUGCCUCGCAAGACGAAAUUAAUCCGUUCCGCAAGAGUCUUCGUCUAGCGGUUUUUUCGUCUUGCGAAGCAAGCCCAUUGACGGAUUAGCGCUAUUAGCGCUAUCAGCUGUUUAGCGGCUAUUAAAGGCUUAGGGGAUUAGCUGCUAAAAGGCUAUUAAAGGCUAUUAAAGGCUUAGCAGAUUAGAUAAAGGGGGGGAAAAGCGAAAAAAAAAUCUCAGGACUCGCAAGGUAUUUUCGUCUUGCGAAGCAAGCCCAUAGGGGAAUUCGUCCUGCGAAGCAACUUCAAAACGGAAAACCCUUUCGUCUAGCGGUUUUUCCGUCUUGCGAGGCAUUCGUCUUGCGGGGCACCACUGUAAUAGACUGUCUUGGCAUUGCUUCAGGUUUUUAUCUAUUUUAAAUAUUAUUGUCAAUUCCCUGAGGUUUGCCUUGCUGUCUGUCAUUUAUCCACCCUGCUUUCCUUUCUCAGAUUUUACAGUGGUAGCAGUCCAUAGUUUAGCCAUCCUUUCCUUGUGUCACCCCUUAACAGAUUUCCCGUUUGGCCCUAUUGCACUUACGCUUCUAUUUUUAAAAGUUGAUCUUAUGCCUCUUUCUAUCUCGUAUAUUUUCUUAAUGGCUAAUUUUAUUUACACUGUGAUGUCGAUCACAUUUGCUAAUCCACAACAUAGGCAUCUGUCACCUGUUGACAAUGUAAGACUUUUUAAAAUACAUCUUCUGUUCUUAAAACCUCACUCUUUGUGCAGCAAUUCUUACAUAAUUUCUUCAAACUCCAUUUCCUUUACAUAUUGACUUCUAUCACUUUCCUUAAAUAUGCCACAAUGCCCAGCAGACCUUUAGGCAGACAUUUUGGGGUAAUGGAAGGUUACAGAAUAUAAGGGAAAGGCAACAUAAGAUUUUUAAAAAACUGGAACACUGGAAGCUAAUAGAAGAUUUUCACUUACUUAUUUAGUAGAAUAGUGACUGUACAGACAUUUGUUUAAAAACAAGCAAGUAAAAACCCAGAAGAUUCUGGGAAGUAUCUAAUCUGUUGCUCCUGUACAAUCAUUUCCUAUGUAACUCUCCACCUCAUUCCCUUCAAGUUACUUCUUUCCCUGUCUUUUUUUAACACCAUCUCAAUUCUCUCCUUCAUCAACAUUACUCUAUUAAGCUAUUAAGGUAUAGCUUUGUUUCCCUUUUUUGUCUCUUCGUACAGACUGGGACAUCUCACUACAGAAAGUUGAUUGUUAUUAUUUUGGUCAGUGACUCUUUCUUGUAAGGUGUUUAAUUUUUGCAUGUACCUCUAGAUAAACUACCAUAGGCCAGCUGACGGUAUUGAACUUGUGUAGAGAUAGCUUGGAAUCAAAUCCCAACUCUGACUGGGGAUGGUCUUGGAUGAGAUUCUGUUUCUGCUCACCUGUAGUCUGCUUUACAAGAUUAUUGUGAGAAAAUAAGGAUUCUAAUCUAUGCAGCAUUAUCCUUUGUGAAGUUAGGCAUGUGGAUUCUUAUUAAAAUCAGUAGGUAUAAGGUGGUCAGACUGCGCUGGAUUUUAGCCUUGAUUUAUCAGAGGAGGGUGACCAACAUAAUAAAGGAACAGUUGAAGGAGUUGAGUAUGUUUAACCUGGAGAAGAGAAGACUGAGGAGAUAUAGGACAGCUACCUUCAAAUAUCUAAAGGGCUGUCACAUGGAAGAUGGAGAAAGCUUGGUAUUUUUCCUGUUUCAGAUGGUAGGACCUGAACCAAUGCAUUCAAGUUACAAGAAAAGAGAUCCUGACUAAACAUCGGAAAUAAUUUUCUGACAGUAAGAGCUGUUUGACGGUGGAACAGACUGCCUUGGAAGAUGGUGAACACUCCUUCAUUGGAGAUUUUAAGCAGAGGAGGGAUGGCCAUCUGUCAUGGGUGCUUUAGUUCCUGCAUUUCAGGGGGUUAAACUAGAUGACCCUCAGGGUCAUUGGCUGAUUGAAGUAAAAUCUGAAUUUAUUUCACCAGAUGCUAACAAGCCCACAUUAGAACCAUUAUUGUGUUUAAAUGAUCUUUCAUCCAAGGAGAAAGCACAGGUGGACUAAGAAAUGGUGUACAGUGGUACUUCCAGUUGCGGACAGGAUCCGUUCUGGAGGUCCAGCCAUAUCCUGAAGUUUCUGCAACCGGGGGUGCUGCUUCUGCGCAUGUGCAUGGCAUGUAGAGCACUUCUGUGCAUGCGCACGCGGCGAAACCUGGAAGAAAACUUCCAGGUUUGCUGCUUUCGCAACCCAAAGUUUACAUAACGUAAUCCAAGGGUCUACUGUAUAGAUUUUCCUUCCUAAAGAUGAUUGCAAAUACGACUGGCCACAUUGUGGUAAUUGAUAAAAAAUAGGGGGUUGCUUUCUUCUCUGUAGUUCACACCUUUGCCAGUGCACACAUUUUGUUGCCCAGUACCAAAUUGGCAAUUCACAAGGAAAGAAAUAUGCAUGUGCGGUUUUUGUUACUUCAGGUAAUAAGAUAAUGGAGCCUACAUUCUGGAGAAAUCUGCUGGUAAACAGGAGAAGGUUUUGACCAUAGUGUUGCAGGUUAAAAGUUCAAAUCAUGCUUAUUCUCAGGGUUUCCCUAUGUCUAUGCUUGCCUCCAGGUUGGGAAAGGUAUAGAAUGCUCAACUUGCUCAAUUUAGCAUGUGUGUUUACAUGUACCAUUGUAUGGAUAAGCCUCCGUGUGAUUGAGUGAAACAUUGAUUUUGUAUCUCCACCCACCCUCUUCAUCCUCCCACAUGCCCAGGAUGGUUUACCACAAACUAUGGUUAGUUAAGCAAGCCAGUUUUAUAAUUCAUGAUUUGAAGCAGGUUGUCUAGCAACUAACCAUUGCUUGUUGUAAGCCACAAUUCCCAAUUUGUGUGCAAUGCUAAGCCAAAUUAACUUGGUAGAAGCCCUCCUCCCAGCCACGUGUGAGUAGAAGGGCUCAAGCUCAAGCUUGGCUCAAAUUUGUAAAGGCUUGUCCUCACAGCACUCAACUGUGGUUUAGCAUUAUGUGCAUAUUGGGCCAGCUGUGAGCAUUUGAUAUGACUGCUUAACAUUCUGGGGCACAUUUGCAUCAGGAAAUGUCCUAUUGAGGGAUAAAUUUCAAGGUUGGCGCUAAAGUGGGAAAAGGUUACCGUAAUCCACACCUGACUUUGUUUCACAAUCCAAAUAUUUCUCUUCCUAUAUGCCUGUUCAUUUGUGUUCUUUCUCCAAGAAGGAAGCAGGGGUGAUGUUCUUGGUCUCACAACAAACCUGUGCAGUAAGUUGGACUGAGAGAUGGAAAUUAGAUACUGGCAGCUCAGUGAGUUUCACAGUUAACAAGUAUUUAAUUCAAGAUAAGAAGCUCAGAUGCCAUUGUUUAUUCUCAAACCACUACAUCACACUGGCUUAAAAUUAUCAUGGAAGCAAGGGAAAUAGUAUACAUAGUGUAGUAGCUAUAGAGAUAAGUUACAAAUCAGGAGGUCCCUGGUUCAUUUAUACCCUCUGCCAUGAAAUGGUUAGGUGGCAUAAACACACAGAUUCGGUCCUCCCCAUCUGUAAUAUCAAGAAGGAGAAUAUACUGAUCUACCUUGCAGGGUUGUUGUAAAAACUAGAUAAUGCAUGUGAAGCAUUUUGAACACUUAAAAGGGCUAUACAAAUCUACUGGUGGUAUAACUCUGAAGCUUAUCGUGGUAGAAACAAUUCAGGUAGUAGUAUUUUGGGAUACAUGCCUUGUUGGUUGGUAGUCUUGUGCAUUCGGAUUCAAAAUUAUUCUAGAAGUUCUUAGAUUGAAUGAAAAGUAAAUAAAUAGUGCUCUUUGUUCAUAAUGGAUCUAAUUAAUAUUUCCAUAGAUCAACUUUGUGAUCAAUGCAAUUAACCCACUGAUUAGCAGCUAAGAACUUAUUUCUGGUGAAAUUCUAAGGCACUUCGUUCUCUAAAAUUUGGGAUAAAAUGUGAUGGUAUUACUGCUUGCUUUUAUGUAGAUAGUGCAGGUUAUAUAAAAGUAAGUUUCUGUCCCUUUUCUGUACAGUAGCCCAUCCAUCUAGUACCACUACAAAAAGUAGAAAGGCACCUGUACCAAACUGAAGUGGACAGCUCUCUUCUGCUUAUCUUGCUGUGGUUUUGUGCAGCAGGCCUGUUGUCUGUGCCAGACAGUUCCCAAAGCAGACAGGUGUGUAAAACUGCAAACCUCAGAAUGUUUACCAGGAGUCCCACUGGUCUUGGUAAGAAUAACCUUUUCCUAAACGCAUUUACCUGAAAGUAAGUUUCCAUGUGAUGAAAUUAGAGCAAGUACUGCUUGAGCAGAAAUAGGCAGCUUGCUCAUCUAUUUAAAGUGGACCCAAUCUGCUUAUUUCAGGUAUUAAUCUAAUUUGAAUAUGAAAGCUAUUAUUCUCAGCAACAAGCUACAGUUGGUAGAGGUGUUUCUUUUAAUCAUUCAGUUGUUCCCAUUAGAUAGCAGCAUCCCAGUUGGUUUUUGCAAAACCUCAAUAUAGUGCACUAAAUUCAGUUCAGUGUCUAGCAGCCAGCAGUUAUAGCAUACCGUAGGUUUUCAGACUGCUCCGCAGAUACAGAAGGAAGAAGAGCAAGUGAAAGGGAUUUGGGAGCUCAUGCCAAGUUGAUUGUCCUCGUUUGAAGUAUCAUAUCACAUUUGAAGGCUUUUAUAAUUUGACAUUCAAGAAACUUCUGUUUGAGAUAGUAACAUGAAGUAGCUGCCAUAUUAAUGAUCAAAUGAAAUUUACCAGCCUGUUGAAGUUGUCCUUCAAAACAAGUUACCCAAUUUUGGAUCUUAUAAGAUGCUUCUCCCCAUACCACCCUCCACCCCUAGGUUAGCGUUAGACAAAGCUGGAUCUGGUUUUUGGAAAGUUAAAUAUCUAGUCUGCUUUAGUCGUUCUGUUUGGGUGAAAUAACAAAGGUUUUAUGUUCAGUCAUGUGUAUUAUGAGCCUUGCAAAUAACUUCACAAAAGUUACUAGCCUACAAAAAGCCACACUAUUGAUGUACCUUAAUAUGAGCCACUUUUUUUGAAGGAAUCUAAUCUUAAACUUUAUAAUACAUAGGUUUAUUCUGGGUCUGCAAAGUUAAGAAAAAAGUUCCAUAGUGGGAGGAGGGGAUGUGGGGCCUUUUCACCAUAAUAAAUUUCAAAUAAACAUACUUUGCAUAGGAGGCCACAGUUGCCUGGAUUCCUUCCGCAGAUUCUAAUUGACAAAAAACAAAACAGUAAUUCUUUUUGUGCAAACUGGCACUUAUAUGUGGUAAAAUGUAUGACUUCACAGAUGAACAUCUUACCUUCUCUUCCCUGGUUCCAUUUAAUUUGAACCAGGGUUUUCUACCAUUGAGACCAGAAGUGAUUUGCAAUGCUAGAGCUUAGCCCAUGUACAUUGAAGUAAUACGUUGAUGUCUCUGAGCAUUAGUAAACUGUCUUUUUCUUCUAUGGUUCUUCUUCCCCCACUGCCAUUCUGUGCUUUACCAUAAGCAGUCUUGCACAGCCCUCAGAUAAGUUACAUGCAAAAGCAGUUUCCAGGCUAUUUCUUUUAAGGCGUCUGCAACAAAUGCAAAUAGCUAAUUAAAACUCACUUGUCACCUUUCCCUAUGGCUAAGGGCAAGAAAAAGGUAAAUAGAUGGAAGAGCUCCUUCCAGAGACAAAUACACACCCAAAACUGCAGCCAAAUCUGCCAACUCAGUCAUUAUCUUAAUUUGCCAGGUCUUGAUUCACACAUAAAAAACAAACACAGCAGAGCAACACAUCUGAACUCAGCAGUUUUUUAAGACAGUCUAGUUAUGUUGUGUCCAUCAGUUCUGCAGUAGUAGGGGGACAAAACCUGGGGGGGGGUCUCUAAAGAUACUGUUUUGUUCAGACAAUUGACUAAAAAUUGACUUGAUUUAGAAAGGGUGAGCACAAUGCCAGGUACUUGUCUUGUUUAAACUUGAGCAAGAUUCCUGAAAGUUAUUUCCUUUUACAGAAGUGGCUUACAUAAGUUGAAUGGAUGGGUUAACUAAUGCAUACACACCUUGAACAUCUGAGCACAGAAGCACAAAAACAGGUAACAGUGGGAAGCCGCAGAGGAGAAAAACCACUUUUGGGAAGGUAACUUUUCAGAGGCACAAAUAAGAAAAAGUGAAAAGUUUUUGGGGAAAUUAAAAGCUUCAUAAGAAAAAUUAAGUCAAACAACUGCUGCAAUUUACAGGUCAAUAGAUAAUUUUAGAGGCUGGACUUAAUGGUCUCACUAGGGGAGAUGGAGAUCCUUGUAUGUUGCUCCACUUGUGAAGAAGACAAGUGAUAUAUUCGUUCUCUCCUAUUGUAAAUCCAUGCUUUACAACUGUUUCUUGAUUUCUGAUAUGUUAGAUCAAAAACAAAACCCAUACUUGCCAAUCUUGGUGUGUGGUUUUUUUUUAAAAGAAAAUUCUAUAGAGCAUGAGUUUUCAUUUUAAACUCGCUUAAAUCAUAACACCAUCUAAAGUAGACCAAUAGUCGCAAACUUUUUCAGACUCAAGACCCGCCUUUAACCCAAAUGUGCAUUUGGGGAUCCACUUCUUAGUCUUCUACCAGCAGUACUGGUAGAAUAAAAUGAGCAUCUGUAACCUUCCCAUGCCUGGCUGGCUACCUCCUGAGUAUAAACAUAUUACAGAAAUAAUAUGAUAGGAAGUUUGGCAACCAGCAUCAGUCCUGGUGGGGCACAGGUGCUAACAUGGGGGUCUUCCCCCAAAAUCUUCCUGGUCAUUUUCCUGCUUCCCCCUUCCCCCCAGCUGUUGGACCCUAGACUUUGACCUCGGGUUCCAGCCAUAGCUGCAUGAUAACAGAGCUACUGCAAAAUUACUACCCAAGUAAUCCACUUGAAAUAAAAAUGCACACUGUCUUUAUGUAUUUCAUACAGGAGUGAAUCUGGGCAUCUGCCACACAUAUUGUUUCUGCAAUAUAGUAGCAAGAUCACACUGAUAACAGCCUCUUACUCUUCUCACUUGCAUUAAAUUUCUGCAUUAAGUAAAAAAUGAAUGUUUGAAAAUAUAGUUGUGGAACAUACUUUUAAAAAGUUGGAGCUUGUCUCAGUUGAAGCAACCCUUCAGUUUUCUAACGUCUGUGAAGCUUAAAGUGAAAGCUCACAGUUGAAAGGUGCAGAUCUUUCAGUCACAGGUUUUGAGCAAAAAAACAACAACAAAAAAGCUUUCUCCUUUCAAAGAUACUAUGGACUGGAAUGGAACAGGAUAAAUCAAAUAAAUGCAAAUGAAGGAUAACUAGCUUUAGCAUUACUACCAGACUUGCUACUGAAUAAGUAUGCUCAUAUUCUAUUGAGCUCAAUUGGGGCUUACUUCCAGGUAAGCGAGCAUAGGAUUGCAGCUUCUCAUGAUACUGUUGAAGAGUUAAGUGUUUUUAUAAGGUUUAAUUGAAUAUCCUAAUGUAUUGGUGCUGUUUAACCUACAUACAUUUAGGGAUAUUUAUUUUGGAACUUGUCUUUGAAAAUGAACUGGUUCUAUUUGUAGCCUGAAGAGGUAAACAGGAUUCUUGGAGAGGUACAGCCAUCGACUUACAUGCUUGAGCCUUGCCCUUCUUGCAUAAUAGCAGCUAGCCAUAGGGGAUAGAAUGCCUGGGUUCAGGAAAACGUUGUCGUUGUAAGAGGAAGUGCUUCUGCCUGCUUUGAAGGAGGCAGUUGGGACAACUGCUCCUCUAAGAAUUAUAACAGCUCUGGACCACAAGAGGUAUAACAGCUGUCAGCCCAUCACAAAUAAUCCCCUUUUGGGGUAAAGUGCUUGAGUGAGUGAAGACUGUGUAACUAGGGUCUCUUGGAUGAAACUGAUCUUCUGGUCCAGGAGUGUGGAACCUAAUUCAGCUUGAUGACCAUAGCCCCUUGUGAUGCAACCUUUUGAGGUGUAGCAAGGGUGGAUGCAGUCAGACACCACUCCAUCUGACAAUCAAGAGUUAUUGCCACAAAUCAAGGACAUAUUCUAACCAGGCAAAAGCACUAGAGGAAGACCAGUGAAUGAGUGGGAGAGUGUGACUUGGGCAGAGUUCUGAGCGCUGGGUAGACAGGGCUGAGGUUCCACACCCCUGUUCUAGGCCCAUUUCAGUAUGAUUUCAGGCCUGAUUUUGAUAUGGAAACUGCUUUUGUCGCUUAAUGGAUGACCUGAACUGCAAGAUAGGGGGAGUGUGACCAUAUUGAUUCUUCUCAACGUCUCAGCAGCUUUUUAUACCAUCAACCAUGGUAUCUUCCAGAACUGACUAGGCAGGGUAGGCGCAUAGUGAUGUAGUAUUCCAAUCCAAUCUGCAUGGCUUGUACCAAAGGUCUUGCAAGUUGCCACUUAUCCACCAUGUUAUUUAACACCUUUUUGAAACCAGUGUGAGAGGGGUUUGCAGUUAGGUGUCUUCAGUAUGCUGAUGUCUGUGUUUCCUAAGUUGGUCUAAAUCAUGUGGGGCAGUAGGAGAGAGCUGAUUCAUCUGGUUGUAGUAAUCAACUGGCGAGAGCAAAUAAAGACAAUAAUAAAUUCCUUUCUGUAUCAGACCAAAGGCACGUCUUGUCCAGUAUUUUCCCAGUGGCCAAUCAGCUCCCUCUGAGAAGCACAAAAUUGGGACAUGAAUGAGCACCCUAGCUUUCACCUGCUGUUGUUCCCCAGCACCUGGUAUUUAGAGGAAUAUUGCCUCUCUGUGGUAGAGGUAGAACAUAAUAGCCAUGGCUAGUCAUGAGUUUGUCUAACCCUCUUAAAGCCAUCCAAGUUUGUGAGUAUCACAACAUUUUGUAGGAGCAAAUUCCCAAGUUAAACUGUACAGUGUGUGAAAAUGGGAUGGCCUCAGGUUCUAGUACUGUAUGAGAGAGAGAGAACUCUUGCUAUUUACUUUUUCUACAUCAUGCAUAAUUUUAUACCCUGCUAUCAUGUGUCCCCACCACCACCAACUCAAUUCCCCCCUCCCCAGCUAUAAAGCCUCAGACAUUCUGACAGUUCCUCAUAAGAGAGUAGCUUACUUUGUUUUCCCUGCUCUGCACCUUUCCAACUCUGCAAAAAAAUUUAGGUGUGGAGGCCAGAAGUGUACACAGUAUUCCAAAUGUGGAUGCAUAGAUUUGUGCAAAGGCAUUUUAAAAAUUCCUUUCUUAAUGAUCCCCUUUUUGAAAUUCACCUUUUUCACAUCAGCCACAUGUAAGACAACUGAUAAUAAUAAUAGCAGUAGUAGUAGUGAUGAUGAUAACGAUAAUAAAUUACAAUAAGACAAAGGCGCUGGGGCUGGGCAGCUCCCUUAUUUGAGAAAGAACUCUGAAAAUCAGAAUCACAGCUUAGAAGUACUCCUUGAUCAAGCCUUUUCAAGUUUGCUUUAGGGUCCUUGUGGUGGCGCAGUGCUUUCUAGUAGCUGAGGCUGGUACUUCAGCUGUGACCUCUCCUGGACAGGGAUUUUGGGGAGAUGCUGAUCCACACUAGUGACAUCUCAUUUAAGCCACUAUAAUGUGUUAGGCAGAACUGCCCUUUGAGACUCUUAAUAAGAUACAGUUAUUUCAGAAUAGAGGAGCAGAAUUUAGCUGAGAAGAUCCAUUGGGAACAUAUUACUAGUUCUGAGAAAUGUACGCUACUUGUUUGUUCUCAUGUUCAAUUCAGGAUGCUAGUUUUAAUCCUUUAAAGCACUUCAUGGCAUGAAACUCAGGUACCUUACAGACCAGUAUUGAAAGAAGGUUGUACUUUACUGGAUAUUGAAGUUUAUUGCUAUGUUGUUUUAAUUGUGUUAUUUGUUACAUUGGUUUUAAUUGUUUUGUUUUGUUUCCAUUGUAAACUGUCUUGGGAUAAUUAUUUGAAGAGCAAUAUCCACAUGCCUUAAAUAAAGUAAAUCCUUCUAACUUCUGUAGGACAUUGUGCAGGGUUGCAUGUAAGCUACCAGCAGCUAUUGAGAUUUAUUUUGGAUAGCACAGCGUUGGAAAGUUCAUACUUAUAAGUUAUCUUUCAGAUAAGACUGUCUUAAGAAGUUGACCUGAGAUGCCCAUUCCAGUAUAAGGAGCCUGUUGUGCUAUAUUUAGAAUUCCAUGAGUAUUAUUGAAAGCAGCAAGAUCUGAAAAACGGUUGUAGCCUCAUCUCUUGUGAUUUGUUCACUUGGUCUAGAAAUACUACUGGGGUGAUAGCCAUCUUGCCGUGCUAAAGUUUCUGAAGAGUAGUGUGCUUUUUGUUUAAAGAUUUGUUGUCAUUGCCCUUAGAUGCAACUAUCAUAAUCAUCCUGCCAAGUUGCAGUAAGUGGGCAGGAUUAUUCUUUUCUGCUAGGUUAGAGUCUAAAAGCUGUGGCUAAUUAAAGAGCCAAGGAUGUGGACCUCCAGUUGGAUUUGCAAGUUUCUGACAUGGGGUUAAGGCAGAAAGUCAAAGGUUGAAUAUACUUCAGUGGGGUUAAAGCCUCUGCUUACUAGCGCGUUCAAGUGCUGUGCACCUCAGCAUUUAUAUAUUAAAACCACUAGCCUCACAGGAGUGUACCAAUGUCCCACAAAAUCAUAACCAUUCUAGAGUAAUUAGUUAGAUGCCUUAAACUUAACACAACUUAAUAGAUUACGGCAAGAAAGUUGGGAAGGGAAGAUUGGGUUACUAUUUAGGCUAAGAAUGAUGAGAAGACCCAUCAUGUUGGAAGAAUAAAGAAAUGCCAUUGGCCACAUCCAGCCGCCCAGUUGUACUAGGGCUAGUUUGAUUAAAUUGCUGUUGAGGUUUAAAGCCACUGCCGCAUCAUUCCCAUGACUACAGGUGCAUUCCAAACCCUGAUUUGUGCCAGGGUGUGUGUUGGACUGGGCAGAGAUUUCCCCCCAGCCAGUCCUGCUAGACACUGCAGAGUGCUAUCAGUGUCACUCCGCCAGUGUGGAGCUCCCGGUACACCUGUCAAAUGAUCAGAUUGGUAGAAGUGCUUCCAGUGGGUUCCCAGGUAGCAGAAGCCCCUAAAAUGAGGAAUUCAGAGGAGCUCAGGACCCAUUGUAUCCCAAUCCAGCAUUGGACCUGAUAGGGAAAUUAGAAGGAAGGAUUUUUUAAAGAUCAGUUUAUAAUCAGUAAUAUUUUGGACUUAUUGAAGUCGAUUUUAUGUUGGCUAAUAGAUAUUCAGAACCUUUGUCUUCUUGCAGACAGUUUCAUUCAAAAGAUGUGUUGUGCUUAAUUCUUUUUUUCUAAAUGGGGCACAAUUUCAUUCUAAAUCCAUGUAUAGCCAAUCUAGUAGGUCUUUGCCUUGUUAUAUUGUUAGCGUUUCCUUCAUAAUUUUCAGCUAUUGAAGUAGAUGAACCAUGUGAUCUCCAUAAUGCUAGUCAGUUGAUUUUGUGCUCCAGAAGACAAAUUAUUUUCUCUUGAAGUAAUUUGCAAUAUGAUGAGUGAGAAAGCAGGAACAAGACAGGAAAAUGAGGUCAAAAUUGGCUGUUUUUCAACAGAGUGAUGAGUAAUUUACCAGGACAACUAGACUGCUACUAAAAUGAAGUUUUAGUUGUUAUCCUGUAAAAUGCAAGGUAGAUGCCAGGCUUCCUUAAACAUGCAUGAUCUUUUAUUUCCUUCCAUAACUUUAUACUUUUAGCCAUACUGGUGCUAGUCUUGCAUUUAGAUGCAGAUUUUUGCUUUGUUGAUACAGUAAUUAAUCUUUUCAAAAAACAACCCUGCAAUGAUAAUGCAAUUCUGUGCUUUACUUAGAAGUAAACCCUUUUGUGUUCAGGUAGGUUUAAGCCCAGGAAAGUGUACAUUUCAUUGCAACUUGAGUCACCAAACAAAUCCUUGUCUGUCACACUCUUAUGAGCUAAACUAUCAUAGAUCCUGAUACCUUGGCGACCUUUUGCCCUGUCCAGCUCCUAUUCCAACCCUAACCCAAUUAUCAGUGAAUGACCAAAAUGAAACUUCUCAGUUUUUCAGAACUUGCUGUUAAGAACAAUCCUUACUCUGUACUGCCAAAGUUAGUGGCCCAGCUUGGAUGUACAACUAAACCAUAGGCUUCUUUUCAAUAAACUUCAGUAACCUCAACCUAUGGGUUCCAGUUGUCUUCUUGCAGCCACACCCAAGAAAAGAAUGGGGAACACUUGAACCUGAAGCUCAGGCAGGCUUGUUUCCAUAACAUAUUAAACUAUGGUCAGUAAUCUAUCCUCUCUCAACCAACAGUAAUGUAGAAUUUCAGCCUCAUAUUGUCAUUUGGGGUGGGCAGCAAACUAGCAGAAUAGUUUCUCCUUUGUAACAGCUUAGAAAUAAAUUACUGACUGGGGCAUUCCUAUGGAGUUGGAGUUCAACACAUAGUGAUGGCAGAUUUUCUGAUGAAUUCCCAAGCACUAAACUUUUUUCAUAGUAACUGUGAGACAGCAUUAAUUUCACAGUUGACUUUUUAUUUAUUUUCUAGGCACAUUUUGAUCUCUUGCAUUGUGGAUCCUAGCAAACAUCGGAGGAAAAUGGGCGUCAAAACAUUUACCCACAAUUCCCCUGCACACAGCCAGGAGAUGCUUGGGAAGCUUAACAUGCUGCGUAACGAUGGACACUUCUGCGACAUCACCAUUCGUGUCCAAGACAAAAUCUUCAGAGCACACAAGGUGGUACUGGCUGCCUGCAGUGACUUCUUCCGUUCCAAGUUGGUUGGCCAAGCAGAGGAUGAUGGCAAAAGUGUACUUGACCUGCAUCACGUGACAGUGACUGGGUUCAUGCCUCUUCUGGAAUAUGCAUACACAGCAACAUUGUCUAUUAACACAGAAAAUAUUAUUGAUGUCUUGGCCGCGGCCAGCUAUAUGCAAAUGUUCAGUGUUGCUAGCACGUGUUCCGAGUUCAUGAAGUCGAGCAUUUUGUGGAACACUCCUAGUAGCCAGCAAGAAAAGGUGCUAGAUACAGGACAGGAAAACAGUGCAAAUUGCAACUUUACCUCUCGAGAUGGCAGCCUUUCUCCAGUUUCCUCUGAAUGCAGUGUGGUGGAAAGAACCAUUCCUGUUUGCAGAGAGUCACGACGGAAACGUAAAAGUUACAUAGUCAUGUCGCCAGAAAGUCCACUUAAAUGUAGCACUCAGACAAACUCACCACAAGUUCUGAAUCCUUCAGCUUCCUAUGCAGAGUCUAGAAGUCACCCUGUAGACUCUUCUUUAGCUUUUCCUUGGACUUUCCCUUUUGGAAUCGACCGAAGACUUCAGUCAGAGAAGGUGAAGCAAGUAGAAAAUUCUCGGACUCUAGAAGUGCCUGGUCCAUCUGAAGCAGCUAGAAGAAUUGCUGAUUAUGUGACUUGUGAGAGCACAAAGGCCAGCUCACCUCUGGUCAUUGAAGAAGAUGUGCGUGUUAAAGUGGAAAGGUUAAGCGACGAGGAAGUCCAUGAGGAAGUAUCGCAGCCUGUCAGUGCAUCCCAAAGUUCUCUGAGUGAUCAACAGACAGUUCCAGGAAGCGAACAAGUUCAGGAGGACCUCUUGAUCAGCCCACAGUCAUCAUCUAUAGGUACAAUCACUCUGUAUGUUUUGUUGUGGUUUUAUUGGAUAUUGUUGGAUACUGUGUACAAAGGCUUCAUCUUGUUAUGUAAAUAUUUCGAAUAAUAGAGUGACACUUUUUUUCAAACAAGCUCUAUAGGCUUUUCUGUAAAUGCUAUCUAAUAGCGCUGAUUGCUUUUCAUUGCCCCUCAACCAUUUUGUUUGGUCUAAAUAGUGUGAAGUGCCUUUGAUGGGCUUUGCAACUCAAUGUUGAAUUUUCUGUCUUGUAACGUAAACAUCUCAUUUAUAGUUUGAUUCUAAGCACAUUUAUCCAGAAGUAAAUGCUUUUUGUGGGAAUUUUUUUAUCCUCUAGAAAAGUGGGAUAAAAAUAAACCAGAGUGGACUCAACUAGAAGUAAAUCCCAUUGAGUUCUAUGGGUCUUACACCCUAGGAAGUGUGCUUAUGAUUAUGGCCUGAGGGGUGGAGGGUGACUAGUUUCUCUGACUUGAUCCUUUCAGGGAGGAAAUGUCUGAGCCGUCCAGUCAUGCUACCUCAACUGCAUUGUUGCUUUAAGGAAGCAGGAACAGUUUUCCAGAGGCACAUGCCUCAACAUAUUUCUGUUGCUAUUUUUGCAUCAUGCUUUGAAUAGCUCUUAUGUUGACAUUCUAUAUUGGUAGCAUUUCUGCUCAAAUUAAAUUGCUUCACCUACUAGAGCUUUUGCAGACUUUAGCAGUUGUGAAUCUUCUUUGAAUUGAAGGCACACAAAUGUGAAUGUGUUAUUCAUUAUCUUACUAGACGCUUUAUAACUAAUCUGCCAGAAAUGUGAGAAUGUGGUUUAUAAAUUAAUGGGGGAGACAGUGUUCUUUCCCCCUUGGCAGCUUUCCUUUAGCAAGAAGUUGGUUCACUUGACUGAUGUAAUCUGACCCAUGCCCUUAAACACAUGGAAGUGGGAGUUCAGAGAAGAAGUUGCCAGUGACAUGUGAUCAGUUAUGAAAAAUCAUUACAUGAAAAGCGUGGAAUAUAGUUUAUUGCAUCAUUUAAAGGAAAACAGAAGCUUCAGCAGACCAAAAAAAAACCCCACCUGAAAUCAGCGUCAAGGGGAAACAGCAACUUGCCAGCCUGAAAGAUCUGUGAUCUGAUCUAAAACUCUGAGGUGCUCUGGAUACAUAUAAGCCCACAAGGGUACCAGCAUCUAAAGGGUUUCUCCUGUCUGGUGUCACAGGCAGUUCUUCAUGUCCCCAGAGUCUGUCCCACAUUGAAAUGAAUGGGGAAGUCCUUGUUUAUGCUGGAACUCCAUUGGUACAGCAAGUAGCUGCUGUAGCAGAUGGUCAAACUUUAUUCAGUUUUCUUGGGAAUUUGGAGGCAUAAUUCCAUACAUUUGAGUGGGGGGAGACAAUACUAGCCAUGGCUACUUCAAAAAUCAUCAUGUAUCUAACUUAAGGUAUGGCGUGAGGCAUAUUUGUUUGCCUCAUCUGUUUCAGUGAUGGGCUGUUUGUCAGGUGUGUACUUGAGUUUUGUUAUAGUUUAUUCCUGCAUUGGGGGGCCCCCGCGGUAAUGUCUGCUUUAUGACUUCUCUUCCUCAGUUGCUUCUUUUUUCUUACCAGUCCUGUAAAAUGGGAUUUCAAGAAGAUGCUGGUGGUCUGGGGCACUGUUCAAGGUUCAGGCCCUCAGGAUUUUCUUCUGACGUUCUUCAGAACAGGCCCCUUGCUGGCUGCCAUUAGUAACUACACAAGGCACCAGCAAACAGAAUGAUCUCUUCAGGGUGGCUGUCUUUGGAGUCCUUGAAGAUGAGGGGUGCAGUCCACUAGGAGGUUCACUAUACCCUAUGAAAUAAAUACUGUUUAAGCAUCUUGCAUAACUUCAUUUCGGUGGGUUUCUUGCUCAAGAAGUAGAUUGCAUUUUGAUGAUUCUUGCUUGACUGCACUGCUCUCUGUUUCUUACUUGAGCUUCUCCACUUCUAGAAUAAAGAUCAUCAGAGAGGCAGGCAGCAGUCCUAAGAGAGCACAUGUCUCUGAUGCUUCUCUGGUUAAUCUAUUUACUCAUCCAUAAUCCACAUCAUGCAUUGUGGUUUACUGGGGGUAGAGGGCAUACAGAAAUUAUAUUUGUCAAAUAUUUUCAGUAAGAUAUCUUUUAAAAACACAAUUUUAGAGUAGCACUGUGUCACUAAACUAAAAGUUUAAACGUACGAUCAUUUCCUUUUUUGGCUGGGAUAUUAUUGCAUGCUUGGCACAGAAGUAACUAGAUGCCUUCUGUGACGGGGCAAUGGUACUUUUCCCCCUGGUGCCGUUGGGCCCGCCCUCACUUAAAUAUAGUGCACCCACCUCACAGAACACCAAUUCCAUGAAUUCCUACAAACCACCCCAGAUUAUCUUGUGGGGGACCUGUAUGAGGGAAAACUUAAUAAUUUGGAGUCUCAGGCAGGAUUUGACCAAAGAAACAAGAAAGAUUUUAUUUAACAAAGGAAGUUUAUGACACAAAGUGGGUAAAACAUAGAUACUUCAGAUUGUAAUGUUAUUUCACUUCAGUUCUUUCUCAGUUGUUUCACAGCUGUUGCCGCUUAAUACUUUGGUUCUUAAACAAGGUGGUACUUCCUGUCAGUUUACACACCCCUUUGACAACCCUACUCCAAGUAACAGACCCAAGGCAUCACCACACCCCUCUUAACUGGUUUGGGAGUCUUCUCUUUUUGUAGAAGAAUCUCUCCCCUCCUGACCUAAGUGAGACCUAAGUAGACUGUAUCUUUCCAGCUUCUACUUCUCCUGGCUCAGCCUCAGCCUCCCAGUUAAUUCCUGGCUUAUUACUCUUACAGGACACCACACACUGUCCUUCACACUAAGAGCAGAGACUCUUUUCUCUAGCCUUUGAUAUAUUCCUCAGAGUGGAUGUUUCUACCCAGAACCAACUCACUCUCCUCUCCUCUCCCUCCCUAUCUCCCAACCUCCAAACUGUCUCUCCAAAACCUCUCCUUUUCAGCUCCCUCUCCUGGAACCCCGGGCCAAUCGGAAGCUGCCAUUCAUUAACCAUUUGGUGGCAGGGAAAAAAGAAAAAGAAAACACUUGGUGAACCAACCUGCCCAGCAAAAUCAUACUUUUCCGUCACACCUUCCUGACCAGCAUUUGCAGGCACAUUCAUAUAAAUCCAUAUCUUACAUCUUUUCUGGAGACUGCUGCAUGCCACAGUUGUAAAUACCAAUAUUGCUUUGCUUAUUUUGAGGGAAAUUAGCAGAAACCAAUAGAUGCCAAUAUUAUCUUGCCUGCUUUGGGGAAAGAGCAAGAAGCACUCAAUUUAUUAUGAUUAGAAUAUUUAUACAAAAUGACUGGUAGUGAGUAAAAUGGCCUUGAAGCUUUAAACACAGCUGAUACAGUGUUACAGAAUGGGAAAGAUCAUUGGUUUAAUGCAAAACAAAACAUAGGCCACCCCAGCCCACUUUGCCUUGGCCAUAAGCUUAAUUAAUAGUAUUGAGAUAGCAGAGGAAGGCUAAAGGUUGAGGAAUUACCUUUAUAUUGAGGUUUGAGGCAGACAUUUAGAGACCCAGCUGAACUGUGUGUAUUUUUCAUAGCUGGUUUAUAGGAAGGAAGGCAAUAUGAGGAAAGAUUUUGCAGAGUUCAGAGAAAAGGAGAAGGAAACAAUAUUGGGGACCUCAUUUCCUGAUCCAUUUAAGUAGAUCUGGGUGCAUAAUCAGACUUAACACAGACAUAUCCCUCACUGGAUUGAGAACUGUAGACAUAAUUCUGCUAUGUAUCAAAGUGAAGAUGCAGUCUUAUCUGCCCUGUAUCGUUUUGGACAGCAUGAACAUUUUAUUGUGUAUUUGAAUGGUAAUCCCCAUCCACAUUAUUGUGCAACUUACUGCAUAUGUGCAUUUUAUUUGCAUGUGAAUAGAGCUGGAAGGAUGCCAUUGGCAGCAUCUGCCAGAUUUUUCACUUAUAAUUGUGAAGGUGACUACAGAGAUAAUCUGUGUUGCCUAAUAGUUACAAUUUUGUUUAAUAAAUGGAUUUAAAAAUCAAGCAAAUGUCUACAUACAUGCAGACAUUUUCAAUAUAUAAAGUACAUACUGUACAGCGGACCCUCCGGAUACAAACUUAAUUCGUCCCGGGGGUCCGUACUUACCCCGAAAAGUCCAUAUCCAGAGGCACCACUUCUGCACAUGCACACGGCACAAUAGAGCACUACUGCACAUGCGCAUGUGACAAAACCCAAAAGUAUAAACUUCUGGGUUUGCCGAGUUCGUAACUUGAAAUAACGUUACGCGAAGAUGACGUGACCUGAGGUACCACUGUGUAAUUAACAUUUAUGUUGUUUUCAUUUGUUUAUGCCUGCAGCCUAGAGCUUGCUCUAUGAAUCUGCUGUUUUAUAUAAUCACAAUCUGAAUAAGUUGUUAAAACUAUGCUCACUAUAUGAGUGUUCAAAGCCAUUGUUUUUAUUUUCUUAACAAGUUACAAUUCUUAACAUAAUUAAACAAUAGAUUUUCACUUGGAGAUCUUGUACCAUUUAAAUGGCUUUGUAGACUUAAGUGCUGACUAAGAAAUAAGCCCCACAGAGUUUGAUGGGCCUUCCUGGUAUUUUUAGGAUCACAGCCUCAGAUUAAUAAUGAGCCAGCCAGGAGCUGACGCUUUAAGAAUGGUGGACAAGGUCUGGCCAAGAAAAGUCAGCAUACACAAUUUAUCAACCUCAGUAAUCAAUGUCUAAGCAUUGUCUUUCCAAAGCCACACUUGCGAUCAACAGUGAUGUUCUCCAAGAAGUGUUUUCCGUAAAAGAACAUUAAAUCACAUAAUCUCUAAUACGAUUUACUAAAAUUGCUGUUCCUUUUUUCUGUUUUGAAUAUUUAUGAUAUACUACAAUUAUGAUUUGGGAGAUACAAAGAAUUAAAUGUAGACUGAGUAAAACAAGUAUUUGCCUCUGUGCAUAGUAGUGUUCGAAACUUACUGCGUAGAAAACAGGUCAUUGUGUUUAGGUUGCUUGGGAGUGUAUUGUGCACACAACAAAUCAUGUUUGGGGGGGCCACAGUUAGAAGAGGGAGCUUGUGAGAAAAAGAUGUGGACUUCAGAGACUACUUUUUAGUUGGGCACUUGGUCUUUGCCUCUUUCUGCAUGCAUUGCACCAUUUAACAUGUCAGCUUGAUAUCCCUCUCAAGGUAUUUUCUACUUAAAUCUGAGUUGAUAGAUUAAUUUACAGCUAAAUAAAAAGUAUAUAUUUUUUAUUUUUCAGAAAAAUACUUUUAACUUACUCUCUCUCUACAAGUAGGUCCAAAAUAAAAGCAAGAUAGAAAGCUUAAUACAAGUCCAACCAUAUCAGUACCUAGGGCAAAUAAAAUAACAGUACGUGGAUAGGUAGUUCCCAGACCCAUGGGCCCUAAAUCAAAGAGAUUGUGAUUUUAGUUGGUUAUUUUGAGACACACAUUCUUAUUACUGAACUAUUUAUUAAGCCAUCUUUGCGAUCAUUGGCUUUUGAAAUGUGUAAUCGAAGUAGUAAAGUUCUUACGGAGCUGAUUAUAUAUCUUGGUGCAUACAUGCUUCCAUUAAACUGAAGAUUAAUGUGUGUUGUUUCUUUAACUGCCUAGGUUCAAUAGAUGAAGGGGUCACUGAGGGAUUGCCAACACUCCAGAGUACCUCUGGUGGUAACGUUCAUGCAGAUGAUGAUGACCGGUACGUACACACACAGUGUGAGAAGUGUUCUGCAGGGCCUAGGAUACUGUGAGACUGCACACAUGUAUGCAAUUUCUGUGCAGAGUAAGAUACAGUUCAUAUCUAAUGGAUCACAUGAUUUAGAAAGGUUGUGAAUGUUAGUGCUUGAUUAUGUGCUGAAAUGGUUCUGAGGUUGAGAUUUUAACUAAAGAAGAGAGGAGGGGCAUUGUUUAUUAUUAUUAUUAUUAUUAUUAUUAUUUGUAUCCUGCCUCUUCUCCAGACUGGGACAUAAGGCAGCUUACAGAAUUUAAAACAACACAGAUAAAAUACAGAAAGCUAAAAACAUAUAAAAGAUAAUUGUUAAAAAGUUAUUAAACUAUAAUAGAAUUAAAGCCAUGUUAAAAAAACAAAUUUAUUAAAAUACAGAUAAUAAAAACAGCACGGCACUGUUAAAAGCCUUUCCUUUAAGGAAAAAAAAGUUCCCAAAAGCCUUCCAGAAUAAAACAGCCAGUGUGGUAGUAGUUUUGGACCCAGAAGGUCAAAUUUCUUUUAGUCAGAAAGCUUGCUGGGUAACCUUGGAUCAGUCACCAAUUUUCAGCCUAACCUUGUUACACCACGGAGGAAAGGUGAUUGAAUACCAAAGUCAUAACCAAUUGUAUGUACUAAAUACCAUUAUCAUUGUAACAACAGUUCUUAUGCCAAUCUUCAACCUUGGUUGAGGCUGGCAGGAAAACCUUGAGCUGGGGUAUGGGGAAGGAGUGUGCAGUCUCAGAACUAUCAGUCUCUUAUUGUCUGCUUUUGGUUUUAUUUGGUAGUUUAUUUUAUUUUGUACUGCAUUAAUUCUAUAUAAAAUCAGUGGGUACAAAUUCAUAAAUAAUCUUAACAGCAUGGUAAGGUAGUCACUGCUGUUGUAAUUUGUACAAGGCCACCCGAGCAAUUCAGAUGAGAGGUGGGAUUUAAGCCUGGUACUUGGUCCAGACACUGCAGCCGCACUCUUGAUUUUACUAACCCAUCACAAAUGUAACCAGUUUUCUGAAAGGCUUACUUUAGCAAUGAUUCAGAUGCAAAUUCACUGUGACAGUAUUUUAAUGCAAAUUAUUCAUUUUCAUGCAUUGACUGCCAGCAUGUUGUUCAUCAGUUUCCAUAAGAAUUCCACUGCAGCCAAAACAGUCUUUUAGGAGAUUGAGGGAUUUAAUGCAGUUUAGCAGAAUGAACUUCAGUUUUGCUUCUGAAUUUGUUGUUGAGGUUUCGUUGUUGUUUUUAUAUACAUUCAUAUUUGCGUUUAGGUAUUUCACAUUUUUCUCCUUGAUCUCCCUCUAAAAGAGUGAUUGCUUGCCUCUUCAGAUUGGAGAAUGUCCAGUAUCCUUACCAGCUCUAUAUUGCUCCUUCAACCAGUAGCACAGAGAGACCCAGCCCAAAUGGCCCUGAUAGACCUUUUCAGUGUCCCACCUGUGGUGUUCGAUUCACCCGUAUUCAGAACUUAAAACAGCACAUGCUUAUCCACUCAGGUAAGGACCUUCCACAUUGUGCUUCUGAAAUGCAUUGUUUGAUCGCAACCCCCAUGUGACUUGAAGAGCAUGCAACAUCUUUUUUCACUCAGCAGCCAUAUCCUUGCUGGUGCUGGGCCUUAAAAAUAUUAUUAUUAAUAAUAAUAAAUAACAAUAGCUAGGCUAACAUUCUUCCACAUUGGAGCCUUAUUGCUAGGAGUUCAAAGCCUUCCUAGCUAAAAUAAAUUAAAAUGGUGCACAGAGAUGCUUUCAUAAGGGUUUGGAGCUGUGUAAAACAAUAAAACUGAACAACACAAUCCUCUGCAUGUCUACUCAGAAGUUCCACUGCGUGGGGUUCAAUUAAGUUGUUGAGUGCACAGAACAAGGUCUGCUUAUGCAACAGGACUUCUCCCAUGUCCUCCUGUGCCCCUUAAAUCUACUCUAGGGGGUUCAGGGAACAUGUUUAGGAGAUAUGCAGAGGGGAGAAGUGAUCAGAACUUGUUCCCUCUGCACAUACCACACAUGGAGUUCAGUAGGACUUGCUCCUAGCUGGUGUGCAUAGGAUUGCAACUUAGGAGUGCAUUUUCAGUCAACCUGUAUAAUCAAGAGCAGAGAGGAAAGACUGCUUAGUCUUAACAUCUGUCUACCAUGAGGAGAAGAGUGCAAAGAAUGUUGCACUGUGGCCGACCGAAAGCAUUCUUGCAAGCAUAACAAAAUUACCAAGCAUGUGAUGCAGGCAUUAUUGCUCCAACACUGUACAUCAGAUUUAAGUUAUGUAUCCUGCAGCUGAUUGAUAUCUAAUUGAAAGAUUCAUAUUCCCAGCUUUUUGAAAAACCACUGCUAUUACUUUCAGCCUUUGACGGCUCUUAGAAGCUUCAGAAAGCAGUUUCCGUGUUAAUAGGUAGAAGCUUCUGCCCUUACAGUCCGUGAAGAAUGGAGUUUGCCCCUUAUUGGCUUAAGGUGGGGAGAGUCAAUUUCCUCCUUCUCUGUCUUCCCACAGGCAUUAAACCAUUUCAGUGUGACCGUUGUGGGAAAAAGUUCACCCGGGCUUAUUCGCUAAAGAUGCAUCGCCUGAAGCACGAAGGUAAACGCUGUUUCCGGUGCCAGAUAUGUAGUGCCACUUUCACUUCCUUCGGGGAAUAUAAACACCACAUGCGGGUUUCCCGGCACAUUAUCCGCAAGCCUCGGAUUUACGAGUGCAAAACAUGUGGCGCCAUGUUCACCAACUCUGGAAAUUUAAUCGUUCAUCUGAGGAGUCUGAACCAUGAAGCGUCAGAGCUAGCAAACUACUUCCAGAGCAGGUGAGGUGCACCGCAAAAAAACCUAUCAGGGAAACAUGCCUUUUUUUUAUUCCUGAACCAUCUCUUCCUGUGUUUGGGGCAGCCUGUAGUAUCUUUUUCCACCGGGUUGCCAGUUUAUUGCAGUCCAGUGGGCUACUGCAUCCUUGUCACCAAUAAUCUCUAUUCUGCUUUUGGGGUUGUAAAAAACUGUAUAUAUUCUAUAUAUUACAUAAUCAGGGCAGCAUGUUGCCUUUAGACUGCCUCACAUUAAUAUUCCCCUCGGUUUACUGACCAGGAGUAUCCAUGAGGAGGUUAGCAGUGUUGAAUAGGGUAUUCCCAUCUUCUUGCCUUUGUUUUCAUAACUGCUUUAACAGCUGCAUCCAAAUGAAACAAAUUACCCUUUAUGUGGCUGAUCUGGUUUGCAAUGUCUAGUUAUGUUUCAAUACUACUUUUUGACGGGGAAUUAAUUUCAGCUGACGUGAAAUGGAUAGCCCUCCCAGUUUCAGAAAGGAAGGGCACCAACCAAAGUUGAUUACGCCAGAUGUUUAGCAAAUACUUAAAUAAAUCUCCCAUUGAAAAUAAUUGAAUUGAAACGGCUUUAUAUUGACUGGCUUGUACUUGGUAGGGCACCCUUUAAAGCCUACCACACAGAAAUGUUUGUUACAACCCUUUAUUAUUUACUUCUAAUAUCAGUUUUCUCUAAUAUGUAAUUGACCACAAACAGUAAACUUAAGGAACCUUUUGUUUCAAAACUUUUUUUUAAUGUAUGCCAUUUUGGUUUUUGAUUUUGUCACAGAUCAAAAUGCUGCUAUGUAUUUUUGUUUAACUUUUGUUUUCUCAGAGCCCUUUUAUGAUUAAUUUUCUUGGGUACCAGAUACAUUUUAGUGUCUCUUUAAGUUUCCCACUCCCACUUCAAAAAAAUUGAAUUGUCCAAACCUCCGAAUAUUAUUUUUAAAUUUUGAAAUCCUAGUCCAACAAAAAUAUUUUUCAUUGGGUUUCACCCAUUAAGGUUUAUCCACACUUACCUUUUGCCCUACUCUUUUCAGGCAGAACCCUGUGCUUUAAUGUUGUGUGUUUUGUUCUGUUUUGUUUUGUUUGCUCCGAGCUUUCCCCAUGAAAACCUGCUCUUUAAAGCUGAAUCGGAGCAAAUGUCAGUUCAUGUUUUCUGCAGAUUUUCAACACUAUGAAAAGCGAGUUUUCAUGGGAACAACUCCAGAGUAAAAAUAGGGUGCUCAGACUUGGAGCUUUAAAUCAUGCCUGGAAAGAGCAGAGGAAAAUUAAGUGUGGAUAAGCCCUGACUUUGCAAUACAAGACCACCCAGUGUCAUGGGAGAGUGAAACAAUCAGGUUGAGAACUGAGGGUUUCAUGCCCGCCAUGGCUUUUUCCCUGGCAAAAUUUUCCACAACCACUUUUUCCCCACGCUGCAGCUUCCCCCAGAGUAGAGGCAGCUAGUGUGGUACCCUCCAUGUUAUGGUUUACAACUCCCAUCACCCUCAACUCAUGGCCAUUGGCCCCAGAGCCCCUAGCUUAGUAUAGGGCUAUCUCUGCCAGGGGCAAGGGUGGGGUGAAUACAAUUCAUGGGCCUGAUACUUGUUUUGUUUUCUGUAUUCUUUUAUUUAGGUCUGCUUCCUUACUGGUUCCUCUUUUUUCAAAGCAGACAAACACUAAAUCUUUUCCCAUCUUUUUGGGGCAUGAUUGCACUUUGAUUGUACUGUGUGUUUUUCAUAUGUCUUGAUGGGUGGCCAGGUUUGAACCUAUGCCCAGAUAACGAAAUUACCACCAGGGAGUGGGGAGUGGAAUACAAAAUAGACCUUCUGCUGUAGUUUUGCAUGAUAUCACUGCAAUUUGGGGGCAGUUCACAAGUUUCAGCUUACAUGCAGAAAGCUUGUGGGAUUGCUGCAUGUUGGAAUUCUCCAUGCUAGCACAGACAUUUGAAAAGAAAGCUUUGUGGUAGCAUGAAGACAAUAACCAUGCUAGAGUCACGGGACAAGCUGCUCUAAAGGAGUGACCUAGCAUGUUAUAUAACACAGGUGUCACACAGCACCUUUGAAAGGCAUAUGAGAGCCAUAAUAGAGAUUUAGUUCUUAAUGGCAGUUUUUCCUGAGGCCAUGCUGUGAAGUUAGCUUUAUCGUUGCCUUACGACAUGCUGUAGCUAGCACAAGCAUGUUGAAUGUUUCACUAACAAGUAACUGUCUCUCUUAACCUUUGACCUCCCUUCUAGUGAUUUCCUAGUACCGGACUACUUAAACCAAGAACAGGAAGAGACUCUUGGCCAGUAUGAGCUAGGAGAGCAUGGAUUUGAAAGCAGCUCCUCUGUCCAAAUGCCUGUCAUUUCACAGGUUUCAUCAACUCAGAAUUGUGAAAGCACUUUCCCCUUGGGGCCUCUGGGUGGGUUGGCAGAAAAGGAAGAAGACAUGCCAGAGCAGCCAAAGACGACUGCAAGUGCCGACGUGAGCCGGGAUGACCCCCCGAAACCAGGGCUCUCGUCUAUCACUAUUGAAUAAGUCCGCAGUUUGGUUUCAUUUUUGUCUUUUUGGAAAGUGCCUGUGUUUGGUCUUGUACAUUUUAAUUUAAUUUUCAGAAAAGGGGGGGUGAGAAUGUACCCCUUUUUAAUUUUGUAAGCUAUGCUGUUAAAACCAUAAACUGCAAAAGAUAUUUCACUAUUCUUCACAGCCAAACGCGCACUUCUGUGGAAACAUUUUAAGACUGAAAUGCACAGUAAGGUUCUAUCAGAACAUCACAUGCACUUCUAAAGGAAAGCUAAGCACACUCAAACUACAUUUGUGGUUUCUCAUUCUGCAGUUUAGACCUAAUUGUUAAUGGAUUGCUUCGCUCACCCCAUUUUUGCAGGAUUUCUGGUGCAGGAAGAAAAAUUAAUGGUGCUUAAAAUGAUGAGUUUUGAGUACACACGCACACACACACAAAAAACAAGUAUGGAAGAGAAAAAUUUGCCUGCGUUGGUAGACCUUCAUGUAUUGUUUAGAAGGAAUAAUUUCGGUCUGUUCUUUUCUUUAAGGCAUGCUUACUAUACUGUUUCUAAAGCUUACAAAACCUCUGUUUUUAGAAGCGGAUGAUUGAUUGGCUUUGGCAAAGCAAAGGGGAACAUGCCUAGGUAUGCUCACCUCUGACAUGCCGCUCCUUUUUAGAAACUGUUCAUGCAGAUGGCCUUAUCUGAAUUUCAUUCUCCGAAGUGGUACAUAAAAAAACUCUGUAGUCAAGAAGUCCUAGUUGUAUUAAACACCAUAGAGUAGUAUGAAUAUAUGACAAGGAGAGAGUUUACAAAAGGCAAAAGAGCUUUUGUGCAUUAAUGUACUCUUUUGCAGUUACACAUCUAUGUAUGCACUUCGGUUUUAUUAUACUGUUUUUAGAUAAUGCAAGCAAUUUAUUUUCUUUUAGAGGCCAAGUUUCUAACCCAACAGGGGUUGUUUACAGAAGGCCUAUUAGCAAUGAUAAAAUCUUCCUGUUUUAAAACAUUUUUAUACCCUUGCCAAGCUGGUUUCAUAAAAGCCAUUACUCUGGCUACAUACACAGAUCCAGCAAGCAAUAAUCAGAAAGACUUGCCAUUUCAUUUCUCCCUGCAAAGUUUAUAAAAGGUUGUAAACACAUGAUCAGGCAUUUUCAGGCCGGCAGUUUUUGGGGGUUUUGCCAACAUCUGUCGUUGGUAAGACUUGGAAGUUUAAUUUGGACUACAUUUUUUAAUCUAUCUUUUUCAUUUGUUUGGUUUUGAGUAUCCUGACACAUCGAAGUUUCACAAUUCACCAAAUGUUUUUUUAAGUGAAAUUUAUCUGAGGGAGGUACCAAUGAAAUGAAUUUCACAUUAUCAUCACACUAAGAAUAAUUUUUUUUAAGUGGGGGGCUGAUAGGGAAAAAAUAAUUGAGUCACUGCAGAGGUUAAUUAGCAGGGCUGAUACUUUAUGCAGCAAUAGUUGGAAAUCAUAGUUUUGAAGAAAUUUGAUGUUCUACUAAUACACAAAACUAAGGAGGCAUCUCUUUGUACAAGUGUUCUGUUAAAUAGAUUUAGGUUUUUCUUCCCAUGAUUUUCAAAUAGAAUAAAAAAAUCACACUUCCACUAUUUUCAGCAGAAGAUGCCCCCUCUGAGGCUCUGUCCCUCUUCUCAGGUUGAACCUGUAUGAAGUACGAUGGUUCCAUCAUAUAACAAAAAUCAGCAAAAGAGAAUCGUUUGUACCGCAGUUUUAAUUAUUCCUCUGGAUGCAUUGGACUGUCCAUUUAUUUUAUCCCAUAAAUGCAGGAUGAAACUGACUUGAAGUAGCAAAUUCCAAUAGGUAAAUAUUUUGUUUUGUCUUGUCACAAAUCAUAUUAAGACAACGAGUCUAAAUGAUGCAGGAAGCACAUCGGUUGCAUGCAAAUUCAUUACCUGGCAGACCAUCCAGCAGGUGUGCUUUGCAGUUGUUUAACCUCUUUUCCAGAGGAUGGAGGGGGUCUGCCUACACAGUACAUCUUAUCUCUAUAAGGUCAGUUAUGAGUCAUAAUUUGCAAGUGCAAAUUGCACAUUUGAUAUGUGCAAAUGUAGAGCAGGUGAUCUACAUUUAGGAGAUGUGAAACUUCAUAUCAGAAGUAAUACAAAGGAAAACACUAAAUGAAGAAAUUCAUAAAAAGUGUGUCGAACCUCAAGUUUAUUCUUUCAUAAGUAAAAUUGAGCAUAGUUACUGUUUAUGUGAAUUACGGGCUACUGUGUUGUGUCACAGUACAAAAAACCCAUCCCUUGUUGUAUUUAUUCAGUAUUUUUAAAUCCCAGCCCAGUAAAGGAUCAGUUGAAAAUUCUCUCUUCCACAGAAAGAAACAUUUUUGUAAUACAUAAAUGUUUCCUGGUGAAGGAAUACCCCCCUCUCCAUUGAGCUACCUAUCUGUGAAAAAGAGUCCUUGUUUUUGUACCUUGACAUUUGGAAAUGUUAACUUGCUGAGUCGGAUGUCUGUUAGAAGCAUUUAAAAUGAAAUCUCGUAGGUAAAUUUGGGGUCUUACCCAUGUUUAACUUGAAAACAUAACCCCACUUAUUUAAAUUAAACUUUACUUCCAAUUAAAGUGUGCCUAGUUUAAAUAAGCUAUAUGCAUAGCAUAUUUUAAAUCGGGGGUUGCAAACCAUCAGCCCCAUGGGGUAUUUAUAGGCUUCUUGAAAGUUUGGCCAGUGCCGUGGAGAAAUAAUUUCCUCCUUCCUCCUGCAGCACCAAUCUCUUUACCCAAGCCUGAGUGAUUGGUCUUCAUCUCUCCAUCCCAACCUGGGCUCUCAAAGAGAAUGACCCCAUCUCCCCCAGCUUGCUCCCACAGUCUUCUAUUUCAAAGAGCUUCAGUGAACUAAUCUAAAAGCCACCAGCUGGAUGUACAACCCUUCUUAAGGCUUAAUAACCUUUGCCCAUCCCUGUUUUAAAUCCCACUGAGCUUGCAUCUUUUCCAAGGCAUCAUCAUAAGAAUUGCACUGGGGGAGCUCAAUGAUGUUUCCAACCCAAGAUAAUAAAAUUGAGUUUCUUUGGUGAUGCUUUUGUAGUGUUGGGAUUUACAGUUAACCAUCCCAAGUUAUUCCAGCGGUCGCUCAGUGAGACCUACACAUGUGAUGUAGCACCCAGAGAAUCUGGAUAUACUGUACAGCCUUUCCAUGAUUUGUGUGUGAGAGAGAUUUAUAUCCAGAGGAAAAGCGUCUGUUAUCACACAGAAUUUGGAAAGGGCGCAGGUGGGAGUUAGGAUCUACACCUGACAUUUUCCUCAUCUCUCAGAAGUUGUGAGGCUGGUUUCAAUGUGCCAACAGGUGAUACCCACAAACACCUAUGGAGAGGGUAUGUGUACGUAGGAAAUGAGACCAUGUUCCCCCAAAGCGCAACAUGAAAUGUCAAUUUCAUAUAGCAAACCUCUUGUCACCAGCUUAGGGCUCAUUUUGCCUUUUAUGCAUCUUUUGGAAGACGGUUCAGCCUCUUCUCAGACUGACCAAUUUUUUUGCUCCCCAUUCUAACACAGAACAUGGUAUCUGUGUCCUUAGUUCUAGUUUUGGCACUUAUCCUUAGUCUGAAAAGUGUAAAUGUGAAAAAGUGUUGUUUUUAAGCAACCAGUGCCAGUGUAGCAAAAUAUAUGAAUAUAUAUAUUAUAUAUUUUAUAAAAUGAAAGUCCCUAAGCCCCAGUUCCCAAAAGAGAUUAAAACUGUAUUUUUUUAACAAUGCAUUUGCAAAUUUUAAAAUAGUGGCUUUGGUCAGAUUUUUUGGGGGGAGGGAUUGUUACUAAUUUUUCUUCACCAGCCUUAAGGUAGAAGAUGGCAGAGGGUUAGAUCCUGUUCCUCUGCCUUUUUCUUAAAAGUCUGCAGAACGCAGUGCACCAGGAAUGGUUUGGAUGAGGAUCACUAUAACAGAGGCAAUUUUUGCUCCUUAGUUGCCUUUCUGCAGAAACUAAAGGCUUGCUUUUCUUAUCCCAGAAACAAACAGAACAAACAAAAAAGUUAACAGUCCUUGCCCUAUGUUUCUUUAGGAACAAGUGUUUCCUGCUUGGAUUCAGGGGUAAACUCUGCCAUUCAAGGCUUUCGGGGGUCACAUUUGGCUGGGAAGCGGAGUAAUAUUAGAAAUAAAUAAAUACUAGAGCUCAUCAUAGAAUAAAAGCUGGUAAUUUUAAAAAGAAAUGAUGCAAAUAUUUUUAAAUGCAAGAUAACUGGUUUUAAAGCUCUGUGGUGUGUUGUUGUUUUUAUUUUAAUUUCUCUGUGUGGUAUCAAGAGUACUUCAGCAGGUCUCGUGAAUCUCUCCCAGGGGCCUGGCCACCUCGAUGAUGCUCUCCAGCAGCACUGUUGUGACCUCCUUUCUGGAUGGGGUUAGAGAGACCUCAGAAGGGUGGUGCAGUUUGGUUUGGUUUGGUUUCGGCUGCCCGCAUGCUGACAGCUUUAUUCUGACUUCCACCCCACCCCCCCAACGGAAGCUGGAGAGUGCUUCCAGGCCCCACUUUUGCAGUGCUGUCUUGUCUCUGGGCCUUUGUAGAAUCCUUAAAGGGGAAGGGAGUAAAGAUGGAUCUGGGAAUGUGAACUGAACUCUCAAGGGGCUCCCCAGCCACUGUGUGUGUGACUCCCUCCCCUUUCUAACUGUGCCAGUCUUCAGUCACCAGCUGCCCAUCUCAUACAGCUUUUCUCGUCCGUGCCGACCACAGCUAGGCUACUUGGCAUGUUUAUUGAACUUAAUGGAGAGAAAAAAAAAUGUUUUUUGGGUUUGGUUUUAUUUUUAAUGUUGAAAUACACUUUGCAUUUUAUAUACUAUAUCUGGCUAUUAGUAUUUUUCAGGAACCCAUAGUUCUUGGUGGCUAUAUAUAUAUUUUUGUGACUUUUUGUAAACUAAAGUGCCGUUUCACUGUUACAAUCAUUUUUAGAGUUCUUGUAAUCAAUGUGAAUAUCAUGGUUUUUUCAAAAUCUGUUCUGAGCCUGUAGUGUUCGCUUUUGUGAUUCUCUGUGUGAUGUAUAUAUUCUGUAUAGUUACCUUGUACUGAAAUAUUAGCUUGUUUGAUAUAAGAAGAAUAUGUAUUGGGUACCUUUUUUGCUAGCCUGGUUGUUUAAUCUUUAAAAAAAAGUUCAAAAACAAAAAAAAUCUCCAGACUGGUCCCAUUAAUAAGUCAAAAUUGAGAGGGAAGAAAAACUAGUUUUGAGUGUCUUUGGAUAGAAACAUGAUAAGAUUUUUCAUUAAAAUAUUAAUGUUUUAUGGAGUAA